GACGCCCUUCCCGGCUUCCUCCGCGGCGUUCCCACGCCGACGCUCCCGGGGUUUGCGGCGUUCUGUGCUGCUUCACUCUUCGCGUCAGCAAGCGGCCGAGCGAUGGCAGCCCAGAAGAUAAACGAGGGGCUGGAGCAUCUGGCGAAGGCAGAGAAGUACCUGAAAACUGGAUUUUUAAAAUGGAAGCCAGACUAUGACAGUGCUGCCUCUGAAUAUGGAAAAGCAGCUGUUGCUUUUAAAAAUGCCAAACAAUUUGAGCAAGCAAAAGAUGCCUGCCUACGGGAAGCUGUUGCCCAUGAAAAUAACAGGGCCCUUUUUCAUGCUGCCAAAGCUUAUGAGCAAGCUGGCAUGAUGUUGAAGGAGAUGCAGAAACUGCCUGAGGCCGUCCAGCUGAUCGAGAAAGCCAGUAUGAUGUACCUGGAGAACGGCACCCCUGAUACAGCAGCUAUGGCCUUGGAGCGAGCUGGAAAGCUCAUAGAAAAUGUAGAUCCAGAAAAGGCUGUACAGUUGUAUCAGCAGACAGCUAAUGUGUUUGAAAAUGAGGAACGCCUCCGGCAGGCAGUUGAACUUCUAGGAAAGGCCUCCAGACUGCUGGUACGAGGACGAAGGUUUGAUGAGGCUGCACUGUCUAUCCAGAAAGAAAAAAAUAUUUAUAAGGAAAUUGAAAACUACCCAACUUGUUAUAAGAAAACAAUUGCUCAGGUCUUGGUUCAUCUACACAGAAAUGAUUAUGUGGCUGCAGAGAGGUGUGUCAGGGAGAGCUACAGCAUACCAGGGUUUAAUGGCAGUGAAGACUGUGCUGCGCUUGAACAGCUCCUGGAGGGAUAUGAUCAGCAAGACCAAGAUCAAGUGUCAGAGGUCUGCAACUCACCCCUUUUCAAGUACAUGGACAAUGACUAUGCUAAGCUGGGCCUAAGCUUAGUGGUCCCAGGAGGGGGAAUCAAGAAGAAAUCACCAGCAACGCCCCAGGCCAAGCCUGAUGGAGCUGCCAGCACAGCUGCUGAGGAGGAGGAAGACGAAUAUUCAGGAGGCCUAUGCUAGUACCCUUUCUGCGGAAAUGAGGAGACGGAAGUCCUGGCAAGCCGUGUUCACGGGAUUAGGACUCUUCUCUGGGCAUCUCUGUGUCAUGGAGAUUAUGAUGUUGAAUAUUAACAUAUGUCAAGUUUAGUUUGCCAUCUCCCCAACUAAGCCAUUGUAUCCACUACCUGUGAAUCACUGUCCUUUCCAAUGUAAGAGUGGAAAUGAGCAGAAAAUACAGUCAUAUUUUAAUAAUUGAUUUUCAAAUGUACAGGCAAAUUAUAUCAUAAACAAGGCAAAGCAGGAAAUAGGCAUAUUUACUGUUUUCUCUUGGGUUCUUGUAAUUUAUUGUUAGAUAAUUUUCAUUGCAUUUUAUUUAACGUUACCUCUAAACAUAACUUUUUUUUGUAAAAAAUGAUUGUUUCAAAACUGGCCUGGUUCUUCCCUCUGUCUUUCUGUGUUGUCACAUGAAGCCCAUGCAUGUUCUGGCUAAGGUCCUCAGGAGAACCCACAGUGCCUAAAAGAGAGGCAGACAGCAGGUCCUCAUCAUGCGGUACUCCAGAGUUGUCAACCUUUUUGUCCGUGGUGAUGGUUCAUGGCUACACCUUCCACCCUUACGGGGUGAUAAGAUCAUUGAUGAUCACAGAGCUGGGGACAUAGUUGUCACCCUCACAGGCAGGUUACACGAGUGUGGAUUAUCAGCCCCAGAUUUGAUGUGCUACGACUGGAAAUGGUACAGUUAUCUUCCCAUCCUGUCAGUUUGCUUGCACUGUACUAAUAGCCGCAGCUGGCAUCAUGGACCAUCAAGAAGCAGGACAAAAACAUGGUGAAAACCUGGGAUUCUCUUUUUAGAGAUAUGAAACAUAAUAGUAAUAAUAAUAAUAAUAAUAAUAAUGCUCCUGUUGAGGGAGGGCUUGUCUCAUUUGAAAAGGAAAUUUAGCCAUCACCAUAUUAGAUCCAUUUAAAUUAUUGAGUCUCUUCAGAGACAAACUUGGGACAAAAGCUUUAUAAUAUUUAGCUCAGUAUGUGACUACAAAUGCGGAAGGCAACAUAUUAAAAUGAUGCUAUAAAUGUCUUCAGCCCUCCCUACAGUGUUGGUGUUUCUUCCCAAGAGGACUGUGCUCAAGUAUACUUGACUCUUUACCAAAAUGAGACUAAUUAAGACCAUUUACGUGUGUACAGAAUGACAAAUAAUGUUCGUGUCAAUCUAGUAUGCAUGCAUUUCUUAACCUCCAAAAUAAUUUUGAUUUGGAAUUCAUCAAAGUAAAAUGCCAAAGGGGGAAAAUGGUUUUGAAAGACAUACAUUUAGGACUGGGUUACCAAUCUUUUCAUACCUCAAAGACCUUCCAUGGUUAUUUCCUAUUUGAAGCAUUCCUCUUUUGGCCUGUAUGGUUUAGACUGAUCACAUAGUCCAUGUGAACUGAAGAGACUGCAGACAGCAGCAGUGUGCACUAGGCAGCAAUGCUGGCUGGAGUAGUUCCCGACACCAUGCUCCACUGCUGUCUCCUUAUAGCAUACUGUAUUUGCAUAUAAUAUGCUUAGUUUUGCUGGAUUUCCAAAAUCUAGGAAAAACUCUUUAUGCUACCAGACCUAGUGGCAGAUCUUAAACAGACUAGCAUCCUCUGCCAGCUGUGCUUGAGAGGGUGGAUGUUGUUGUGCAGUCUCUGCACAGAUCUAAUGCGCAACACUAAUAUUAGUCUUAUAUUUUCCCCUACGUUACCUGUAUAGUUCUUUGGGUUUCAGGACAUUGUCUUUAAUUGCAUUGAGAUUAUGAAUAAAGCUGUAUUUGGCAUUUUUAUUUAAAGGGGAAAUUGGUAUUUCGGAGAUGGCAUCAACGUUGUGUUUACUUUUAGAUCCAACCAGAAAUGUCAAUUAAUGCUUAUUUGAGCAAAUUAGCACUUUUUAAAAAUAGAUUUGGCCGAACUCAAAGGUUACUUUAGACUAUUGUAUGGCCCGUGUUAUUCAAUAAAACCUUGUAUGGGGUCAGUUUUACUCAUAGACUAUUGUAUGGCCCAUGUUACUCAAUAAAACCUUGUAUGGGGUCAGUUUUACUCAUAGACUAUUGUAUGGCCCAUGUUACUCAAUAAAACCUUGUAUGGGGUCAGUUUUACUCAUAGACUAUUGUAUGGCCCAUGUUACUCAAUAAAACCUUGUAUGGGGUCAGUUUUACUCAUAGACUAUUGUAUGGCCCAUGUUACUCAAUAAAACCUUGUAUGGGGUCAGUUUUACUCAUUUUCACUGUAAACAAAAAAGGAAUCAUGAGUGCAUUGUGGAGCAACAUUGUAGCUCAGUUUUAAAACAACAGAGGGGUUUAGACAGUUAUACCUCCUGCCAUUAGACACCAGAGUGCAGGACUUAGAACUCAUUUUUAUGUUGGUUAUUCUGUCUGGUGUCUCAUAAGGAAUGUUUGUUCCACAUGUACACAUUUUAUUUUUCUACCCACGUUGUAAGUCUUUGUUCCGGAGAACUUAGUAAGACAUGGAAAACUUAAUGUUUACAAGAAGAAUCGUUUCCCAGAACUCUAGCACCCUCCCUUUGAAAGUGAAAGUCUGCAUGAAUAUUCUAGAAUCAUCUAGCGUUUAGUUAUAUAGUAAGUGAAGUCAGUCUACAGAAUACAUUUAAUAUAUUGAAUUUGUAAAUAUUCAGAGUAUGGUAUUUGUGUAUGGAAUCUGUGCAUUAUCAUAUUUUUCCAACUUUUUGGUGAGUAAAAUAGUAACAUGUUAAUAGAAAUUAAAUGAUUGCUUCUGAAGAAAGAUAAUUAUGAAAAUAAAACCCAACUAUAUGAA